AGCAAAACAUUCCAAACACUAGCUAAAGUCACUUCUUUAAUUUGUAGUUGAAAGUUUGUAACACUCAACAACAAGAUCAUACCCUAAAGUGCGGGAUUCAUUCACUUACAGAAUGAAGUCUCUUGUGUGUCUUUUGUCAUAUUUGACAGCUGUUCAUGCAGGUUCUCACUCACUAAUGGUUUUUGCCUCAUACAUUGCUGGACAGACACAGUUUCCUGAGUUCACUCUUGUGCUGAUGUUAGAUGAUGUGGAAGUGAUGUACUAUGACUCAGUAUCAUUGAAAGCUGUCCACCGCAGUCAGAGUAAUUCAAGUGAUGACAAUGCGGGUGGUAUAUUCAGUGAUAUAUAUGACAUCAUGAAAGAUCGGACAUUUUAUCUUAAGGACCACCAUAAUUGCACAGAUGGUUUGCAUGUUUAUCAGAAACGUGUUGGAUGUGAAUUGCUUGACAAUGAUCAGCCAGGUUUGUUUCUUUCAUUGGAUGCUUUUAAUGGACAAAAUACUGAAGAGUUCACCUUUGAUGUGGUAAAAAGAACUAUGCAAAUUAAUUUACCAUGGAUGAGAAUAAAAGGCAUGGGUCAGAUGGAAUGGAUUCAUGUGAAGUUUCUGUAUGAACAUAUUUAUCAUCCUGUUUGCAUGAAGACUUUGCGGGCGUUCCUGGAAAAAGAAAAGAACACUGUGAUGCGAAGAUUGAAACCCAAAGUCAGACUCUUUAGAAAGCCUCUUACAGACUCUCAAGGGCUUCAGAUCAGCUGUCUGGCCACUGGUUUUUACCCCCGUCAUAUUAAUCUGACCCUGUUCAGAGAUGGUCAACCUGUGGAUGAUGAUCAGAUCACAGGAGGAGAGAUUCUGCCCAACGGAGACGGAACAUACCAGAUGAGGAAGAGUUUGGUGAUCAAUGAAGAAGAGCUACAUGACACAUAUUACAAAUGCACAGCAAACUACCUAGACCUGGACAACAAACUGGACAUUGCUUUUGAUGAGGAUCUAGAAAAAUUUGACUUUGGAUCCUCUGCUCUGUCUAUAAUUAUCAGUGUGCUGCUGUCCAUGUGUGUGGCUGUUUUCAUCAUAACUACAUUCAUCCAGUGGAGGAAGAGACGAGCUGCUGGACCAGUCUCCAGUACUUCACAUCAAAUUGGAUAUUCACCUACUUCAAUUUCAGAACAAGAAAAAACUUGAAAGAUUUAUGGCCUCAAAUAAAUAUCUUGUACAAUACUAUUUCCUGCUACUGCCCAUUCAGGUCUUGCAAGUGGGUU